AUGGGGCAAACCAAUGUAACCUCCUGGAGGGAUUUUGUCUUCCUGGGCUUCUCCGGUUCUGGGGAGUUGCAACACCUUCUCUUUGCCUUGUUCCUCUCUCUGUAUCUCGUCACUCUGACCAGCAAUGUCUUCAUUAUCAUAGCCAUUCGGCUGGAUAGCCAUCUGCACACCCCCAUGUACCUCUUCCUUGUCUUCCUAUCCUUCUCCGAGACCUGCUACACUUUGGGCAUCAUCCCUAGGAUGCUCUUUGGCCUGGCUAUGGGGGACCAGGCUAUCUCCUAUGUGGGCUGUGCUGCCCAGAUGUUCUUUUCUGCCUCAUGGGCCUGUACUAACUGCUUCCUUCUGGCUGCCAUGGGCUUUGACAGAUAUGUGGCCAUCUGUGCCCCACUGCACUAUGCCAGCCGCAUGAAUCCUACCCUCUGUACCCAGCUGGUUGUUACUUCCUUCCUGAUUGGAUACCUCUUUGGACUGGGAAUGACACUAGUUAUUUUCCACCUCUCUUUCUGCAGCUCCCAUGAAAUCCAGCACUUUUUUUGUGACACACCGCCAGUGCUGAGCCUAGCCUGUGGGGAUACAGGCCUGAGUGAGCUGGGGAUCCUCAUCCUCAGUCUUCUGGUCCUCUUGGUCUCCUUCUUCUUCAUCACCAUCUCCUACGCCUACAUCUUGGCGGCAAUACUGAAGAUCCCCUCUGCAGAGGGGCAGAAGAAGGCCUUCUCCAUUUGUGCCUCGCACCUCACAGUGGUCAUUAUUCACUACGGCUGUGCCUCCUUCAUGUACUUGAGGCCCAAAGCCAGCUACUCUCUUGAGAGAGAUCAGCUUAUUGCCAUGACCUAUACUGUAGUGACUCCACUCCUUAACCCCAUUGUUUAUAGUCUAAGGAAUAGGGCUGUACAGACUGCUCUGAGGAAUGCUUUCCGAGGGAGAUUGCUGGGUAAAAGAUGA